AUGGGGCAUGUUACAGUCUCGUUUUAUGCUCCAAAGACAGAUUUGACUGAUACAAUUUGUUUAGAGAAAUAUCUUAACAUUUUGGGUGAUGCUAAGAACAAAAUCAAGGAAUUGUUCCCCGAAUUAAGUACAAAUUUGUCCGAAGAAUGCGCUGCAUUUAAGAAAUAUCUAGAAGGGGAAAAAGGUAAAUUAAAAGAAUGUUACCAAAAAACAUUGUUACCAUUUUUUCUGGAUAAUGAUGUUGAUCUAAAAAAUACAAUACAAAAGUGUACUAACAAUUUUCAAAAUGCUAGAAAUUCAGUAGAUCAAGAUAAGCCUAAGGGUGAAAGAAAGAAAAUUGUAGUCCAGGAACUGCAACAUCAGAAGUCGAAACAAAAUUAA